CUCCACUGAUCAGUUCAUUUGUUCCUUUUCAGAUCAUGUCGUGUGCGAGGAGGAGUUCAAGUACGCCAUGUUGGCUCUCAACUGCGUGUGUCCCGCCACCUCCACCUUGGUCACGCUCCUCGUACACACCUCCCGUGGACGGAUCCAUGGGACUGGCACAGAGAAAGAGGGACAGCAGUCUCCGGAGCAGUGGCAGAGGAUGUAUGGAUGUUGCUCUGGCAACGAGGUCUACCACAUCCGACUGUGUGACAGCAAGUUCUUUGGAGAGUAUAAUGGCAAAAGCUUCACAUACGCCUCCUUUCAUGCUCACAAGAAGUACGGCGUGUGUCUGAUCGGCAUAAAGAGGGAGGACAACAAGAGCAUCCUGCUGAACCCUGGUCCACGUCACAUCAUGGCCUCCUCAGACACCUGCUACUACAUCAACAUCACCAAGGAGGAGAACUCAGCCUUCAUCUUCAACCAGGAGGAGAGGAAGGGCCGUCCUGUCGGGGGGCUCCUGGACGGACCCUGUCAGCUUCCUGUGCACAGCAUCAUCGCCAGCAUGGGCACUGUUGCCAUGGAUCUUCAGAAUACGAGUCCACCUGACUCCUCAGGUGGUAAGCUGAUCCCUCCUACAGUAAAUGGAACAGGAGGCCGCCGGCCGAGCAUCGCUCCGGUCCAGGAAAUCGCCGACUCUGCCUCGAUCCUGCCGUGUGACCUGCUUAGUGACCAAUCGGAAGAUGACUCUGUCUUCACAGAUGAGAAAGGCCACCCAUCUACUGAGUAUGUGAAAGGUUAUCCCCCUAACUCUCCGUACAUUGGGAGCUCGCCCACUUUGUGCCAUCUGUUGGCUGAAAAAGCCCCGUUUUGCUGCCUACGACUGGACCAGGGGUGCAGGCACAACAGCUUUGAGGAUGCCAAGGCUUACGGUUUUAAAAACAAGCUCAUCAUUGUGUCGGCUGAGACAGCAGGGAAUGGUCUCUAUAACUUCAUAGUGCCUCUAAGAGCUUAUUACAGACCCAGGAAAGAGCUCAACCCUAUUGUCUUGCUGCUGGAUAACCCACCUGAUAAUCACUUUCUGGAGGCCAUCUGCUGUUUUCCGAUGGUCUACUACAUGGCUGGAAGCAUAGACAACCUGGACAGCCUGCUGCAGUGUGGCAUUAUCUACGCCGAUAAUUUGGUUGUUGUGGAUAAAGAGAGUACAAUGAGUGCUGAGGAGGACUACAUGGCUGAUGCCAAAACUAUUGUCAAUGUGCAGACGAUGUUCAGGUUGUUUCCCAGUCUCAGUAUUAUCACAGAGCUUACUCAUCCGUCCAACAUGAGAUUCAUGCAGUUCAGAGCGAAGGACUGCUAUUCACUGGCUCUCUCCAAGCUGGAGAAGAAGGAGCGUGACAAAGGCUCCAACCUGGCCUUCAUGUUUCGCCUACCUUUUGCUGCAGGCAGAGUGUUCAGCAUCAGCAUGCUGGAUACCCUCCUCUACCAGUCUUUUGUGAAGGACUACAUGAUCCUUAUUGCGAGGCUGCUGCUGGGACUGGACACCACUCCAGGAUCAGGAUACCUCUGUGCGAUGAAAGUAACAGAAGAAGAUCUGUGGAUCAGUACUUAUGGGAGAUUGUUCCAGAAGCUCUGCUCCACUAGUGCUGAAAUUCCUAUUGGGAUCUAUCGGACAGAGUCGCACAUUUUCUCUACUUCUGAGUCACAGGUGUCCGUCAGUGUGGACGACUGCGAGGACACAAAAGACAGGGGGGACGAGUCUCGCAGCAACGACCAGUCAGAUCACCCCCUCCUGAGGAAGAAGAGCAUGCAGUGGGCACGGCGUCUGAGUAAGAAGAGCGUGAGGUGGCAGGGGGUGAACCGGGACUCCAGCAAGGACCACGCCCAACGCAUCGCCCAGCAGCGCCUCAACCUCUACAGACGCUCCGAGAGGGAGGAGCUGUCCGAGCUGGUCCGCAACCGCAUGAGGCAUCUGGGCCUCCCCACCUCUGGAUAUGAAGACCUGACGAAUCUGACCGCCAGUGAUGUCAUGAACAGAGUCAACCUGGGCUAUCUGCAAGAUGAGCAGAACGAUCACCAAAACACCCUGUCAUACGUCCUGAUUAACCCUUCCCCUGACACCAGGCUGGAGCUCAAUGACAUUGUGUACUUGAUUCGCUCGGACCCUCUGGCUCACGUCCCCGAGGAGCCUCCUGUUCGCAGCAGCAGCCUCAAAGAGCGACACGAGUCCAGCAUAGACGCCAGAGAGGACACCCAGCUCUGA